CGCCUCCAGCGCGCAUGCGCACUACACCGUGUUGCAUAAACGCGGAUUCGGCGGUCGUCAAGGAGCAGCAGUUUUAUGUAGUUUAUUAGUUAACUCUUUGCUCGUCUUCUAAGCAAAGUGUCCUUGUAUCUACAACCUAUUUCUCAUUAAACCAAUUUCCUUAAGUUACAAAGGUCAUUCAGACAUGAGAGACGAGGAUGAAAGAGACAGUAGGAAGAUGAGAAGAAAAACAGUUCCGGAUGAUUUCCAGGCGCCUGGGAAAAAGAGACAGAAAAUAAAAGACAAAAACGAGGGAAAGAGCGGCGCAGUGCAGAAAUCAGACGGUCUUAUUGGUAAAGCUGACUCUACAAAAACUAAAGUGAAGCUUUCUAGCAAAGACAAGGACAAAGGGAAAAAUAAAUCUGCCCACUCCAAAGACUUGUCUGAGGAUGAUAAGAAAGACAACUCAGAUGGUGGCAAAAAUACCUCUGAAAUAAAGAGGAAUGAGAAAGGACAACUUGUGUUUAAAGGCCACCCAGAGUUCACACCUAACAUGACUCCUAAAGAGGUUUUACAGGCAGGCAGUUUUGGGGGUACCUAUUUUAGGCCCAUCUACUCCAGUAUCACAAAGCAACAUUACAAAGAUGCUUGGCAGGAGCUUCCCAAAGACUGGCUGGAUGGACUAAACAUCUCUAAACAGGUGGCUUCAUCCACUUACAGGGAAAACGUGAACACCUAUAAAGUAAAAUGUGGAGGCAGUCUAGAGAUGUGGGAAAGCAGUGGCUGGAUUGUGCCCCAGGAUCCAUAUGGCUGGUUCCAGUGGUACUGCAGGUUUUACCAGGGCAGGCAAACAGAGGACGAUGCACGCCAGAUCAGUCGCUGGGCCAAAUGUGCAGGAGUCAAAGGUCGGUGGCGGCAGAAUCUCAUCACCAAAGUGGUACGGUCCGGUUGUGCUUGUGACAACCCCACUGUUUCCCCGGUGGUCAGACAGACGCUGCAGCACUGGGGCUACAAACUCACCCUGGAGGACUAUAAGGAAGGAGCAAAGAGAGUCAAACCCAAAUAAGAUUAACAGACUUCCAGAUUGGCAUCAUUCAAUUUAUCACAUACUGCAGAAGAAAGCUGGCCUUACUGCACGGAAAUAAACUCACAAAUCUGAUUAAAUAAUUGAUGCUUUGUCUAACCGAGGGACUUGUUUAGCGAGUAGACCUGUGGUAAUAGUACUGCUGUAUUUGGUUCCCAUUGGACAUGUUUUCUGUAAGCUGUUUUGGUAAAUAGAAAAGUUAGAAUAAUAGUCUAUUUUUAAAAUUUGGAUCCAAAGCCCAAUUGUUUUUUCUUGUCGCAGUUGUACACUUGCGUGCCUUGGAGGAAUGUGGAGAACGGCUCUGUAAUCGGAUGUGGGCAUUGUUACAAUUAUUUUUAUUUUGACAAUAAUUUAUUUUUCUAGGUUUAUUUUGAAUACAUGCUGAACGUGAUUAUCUAUUUGAAUACACUCUGUCAUAUACAAACUUUUCAAUCUGAAGUUUAUUAAAGGAUUUGUUUUUUUUUUGGUGACACUACGCAUUGUUCCAUUUGGUUUUAGAAACAGGUGGAACUUAAUCAGAAACAUUUAUUAUAUAUGAGUCAUUUCUGUUAUGCAGUACAUUUUCAUGCCUCCUUGUACUGAUAUAUCAGAUAUUAGUUUAUGUACUCGUUCUUUGAUGUUUUAUGGUAUUGGUUGGUUUGUCUCACUUUCUAUCCUAUUAGAUACAAUUUCAGAAAUGUGAAUGAUAAUAUAUAAAAAUCAAACAAUUAUAAAAAUAAACUUGAUGGGCUCAUUAAAAUGAACCCCAAAUCCCUCACUUCAGUUACUUAUUUCCAAUACGUAUAAAGUUCUUGUCAUUGUGUAAACAAUAAAAUUAUAAUUAAUAAAGGUUAAAAGAAUCACCAGAUAAAAAGUGUACAUUGGUUAAUUUCUCUUA